AUGGCAGCGAUCUAUCGCGUUGGCGACCGCGUAGACGGUCUAUACGAUGAAAACUCCGACGAUAUGUGGUACCCGGGGCGGAUACGAUGCGUCCAUGCAGGCGAAGCAGAGCCUGACAGCGCAGACGGCCCCACGUUUGAAGUUUUGUACGACGAUGGAGAAGUGGAGACGCAUGUGCGACCUGAAUUUCUUCGCCAGCAUGUGCCUGGCACCAUUUGUGUUGGAACUCGUGUGCUUUGUCGUUACGAUGGCGGAGAAGAGUAUUACCCAGGCCAGGUUUCGGAUGUGCAGGAGAACGGAAGGUAUACCAUUGCGUACGAUGACGGCGAGGUGGAAGAAGACGUGCCCCUCGCUCAUAUUCUGGAGCCCAAGGAAGAGGAGAAGGACGAGGCAGAGGCUGCGGUGUCUGCUGAGCGCGCGUACAUUAUUGAAUCGCUCCAGCUACUGGAGAAGCGACUGGGUGACUCGGCAUCUACCAAGUCGGUUCUCUCAACGUUGGUCAAGCAGAUGCGUGCAUAUCCCCAAGUCACAGCCAAUCUGGUUCACAAACAUGGCGGCGAGCGUUUAAUUAUCGACGCGCUCAAGUUUCAUCAGUCUCACGCAGUCAUUCAAUGCUACGGAUUCGUGCUCCUGCGCAGACUCUGCUUUUUGUGUGUGAAAAGCACACACUAUUUGCUGCGCAAUGGAAUCGUGGAGUUGGUGAUCCAAGCGAUGAAUGCGUUUGCGGAGGACGCUAUUCUUCAAGCGUCUGCCUGUGGAGCUUUAGCUGUAUUUACGCGAGUCCAGUCUGGUUUGAACAUUCUUAUCGAGUACCAAGUGGCGCAGCUAGUGCUAUCCACUCUCAUCUAUCACAAAACCUACAGCGUACACACGCGGCAAGUACAUUAUUACGCUUGCGAAGUUCUGCUGGAGCUGUGCGAGCUGGACGAUCUUCAAACGCUGAAUCUGUUGUGUGGUGAGCAGGAGGAAGACUUUACGGGAGAUAUGGCUCCGAUCUCUCUCCUGCUCUUCUUGUUGCGCCAAGGACUUUCACUCGAUGACAAGAAGGCUUGCUGCGCUGUCGGUAGCUUACUCAUGUGUUUGGCGGCCAGUGGAAAGCGUGCAGCUGCCUUGAUCCUGGGUCUCAAUGGAAUAGCUGAACUUUCAACUGUUAUGGCGAGAUACCCUACCGAACCAAGCAUCCAAAAGUACUCUGCUGCAGCGUCAAAGCAAAUUGCACUUUGUACUGUCCGGCAAUCGCCCACGAAGAGAAUCAAGGACACCGCUACAGAGAUUUUACGGGAGGCUGAGUCGCUUAAAAAUACUCCCACAGAUAGGCAGCCCGUGAAGAAAAGCUCACUUCGAGGUCGAUCUACCAGCAUUGGGAAGCGCAAAAGCAACCCGGCCACAGGGUAUGGAGCCCCUUCGUAUCCCCGUGGGGCUGCCUACACCUCUAGCACACCUUAUCGACACACGCAAGGCUUCCCAAAGGCGGCAUCUCCAUACGGACAAGGAGCUUCUGGCAGCCUUGUCAUACUUGACGGAAGUCUAGGUAUGGACAGCGGAUUUGGCUCCACCAGCAAGCGGAAACAACUAUCGAAAGAGGACCGGCAAUCGGAGCUAUUUGACGCGUACGGAAUCCAGGGAGUACCCAGCGCUGCCAACGGAAGACCUUAUGGAACAAAGAGAGCUCAGUUAAGAGCACACUUGGCGUCCGCUGAAUCCGCUUGGGCCCCACCGCAGCAACAUGCCCCAUCAAGCAGCAAACCUUACUCUAGUCGAUCGGAUUACGUGGACCAUGGGCCGGCCUAUUCGCACCGAGAUUUCAUGUCGAGCCGUCAGAAUCGCUGGGACGACAAUGACGAGCCUCACCACGCUGCCGUGUACGAACCCGAAGUGAGGCAACCUCGAGGAGCAAAGCGGAAGAAGAAGAACCCAGCGCCCCGAGCUGCCUUCCAGGUGAAAAUUGAGAACGAGAACCAGCUUCGAGUGUCCAGAGAGACUCGCUCGCCGUAUCCGUCGCCUCAGCGCUUG